CAAAAUCGAUAGGCCCUUUUCUCUUUUAAUGUCAGGAGCAUUUAGCUUACAAGAAUCAGCUUUGUGUCAGCAAAGUUGCUGAGCCCAGGAGCUGAUUCUGGGGUGAUCUCUGUGUAGUGAUCAUCCUGUUUCGAUCCAGCACCUCUGCCAGUUUGCUUUUGCAGUCUGGCUAUGUGUUAAUCUGAGUCUCAAACACUUUGGAGAACCCUGUGACAGACACUGGGACAAGAACCUAGCUUUUUAUGUGCUUAAAGUUGGAGGAGAUUUCUGUUCCAGCAUCAGUAUCAGCUGGUGUCCCUGAGCAGUCAAGAGAGACACAGGCAUUGCUGGCAGGCGACUUGUUCCAUCCUAAAAAAUGUAUGAAAGAUGAGUGUGAAGACUCACCCCGGGACAUGCCUUUUUUUCUCUAUCUCUCUAUAGAGAGACCCUAAAUAAUCCAUUUACAUUAGAUGCCUAAUUUCCAGACAGCUAAUACUAACUGACAGAAAACACAUCUUCACAUUUCCAUUAGAUGAUGUUAUUACUUAACGCUGAUUCAAUGUAAUCAGCCCCAAAGUAUUCAACACUGAAGGAUCACACAUCCCACUGCUUGCAAAAACUAUCUAAAAAUGAAACUGCUGUAAAAUCUUGACAUUUUAAAAUAAUAAAUGCUGGAUUUUUUGAAUUUGCUUUCUGUUUUUGAACUAUUAGAUUUCAUAUUUAUAAGCACUUCUUUGCAAAAAUGGGUGUUAUAAACUCAGUCUUAAGUGAAAGCAGAGGUUCAAGUACAUUCAGCUGAUGUAGGAGAUGUAAGAAGAGCAUCAAAACCUGUGAAUCUUGUAAUAAAGCACAUUGGAGGCACCACAGCGUAAGCUCCUAAGUAAGAUCUUCAGUUCAUUGGCUUCUGUGAGCUUAACAGUAUGGACCCAUAUUCACAAUAUUUGCUCUGGGAAAACGAUUUACUUUUGUGACUGACGAAGAAGGGGCUGAAGCAUUUUUUACGUCUAAAGACUUAAAUUUUGAGCAGGCAGUACAACAAGCUGUCCAGAAUGCAGUUUCUGUUCCUGCAGAAGCCUUUUAUCAGAAUCACGGCAACCUGUACACCAUGAUGAAGGGAAAAAUGGGUCCUUCUAACCUGCACCUGUUCACAGACACUCUGUGUAAGGAACUACAUGAGCACAUGGGAUAUCUGGGCACCAAGGGAAAAGGCGACCUCAAUGACCUGGUAAGGCAUGUCAUGUAUCCAGCAGUGGUGAAUACUUUGUUUGGAAAAGGUGUCUGUCCAACAAGCCAGAGUGAAAUCAAGGAGUUUGAAGAGCAUUUUCAGAAGUACGAUGAGGAUUUUGAAUAUGCCUCUCAGAUGCCCGAAUGCUUCCUGAGAAACUGGUCUAAAUCCAAAAAAUGGCUUCUAAAAUUAUUUGAGAAAGUGGUGUCGGAUGCUGAAAAGACCAACCCUUCAGAGACCACAUCCAAGACACUACUGCAACAUCUCCUGGAUAACUUACAGGGAAGACAUCUGGCUCCCAGUUAUGGUCUCUUAAUGCUCUGGGCUUCCCAAGCAAAUGCUGUCCCUAUUGCAUUUUGGACCCUUGUUUUCAUACUGUCCUACCCUUCCAUUUAUAAGAAAAUCAUGGAAGACCUGGCUUCUGUUUUUGGCAAAGCAGGUAAAGAUAAAAUAGAAGUCUCUGGAGAUGACCUUAAGAAACUCACUUUUAUUAAAUGGUGCACUUUGGAAGCCAUACGGCUGAGGUCGCCAGGAGCCAUCACCAAGAAAGUAGUAAAUCCAAUAAGAAUUCAGAAUUUCACUGUCCCUGCAGGAGACAUGCUGAUGUUGUCUCCAUAUUGGUUGCACAGGAAUCCAAAAUAUUUUCCUGACCCAGAAGUGUUCAAACCUGAUCGUUGGAAAGAGGCAAAUUUAGAGAAGAAUGCUUUCUUGGACAGCUUUGUGGCAUUCGGAGGAGGGAAGCAUCAGUGUCCAGGAAGGUGGUUUGCUAUCAUGGAAAUCCAGUUGUUUAUUGUGCUAUUCCUAUACAAAUAUGAAUUUGUUCUUUUGGAUUCAGUACCAAAGGAGAGCCCUUUACAUUUGGUGGGGACACAGCAACCCAUGGCACCGUGCCGGGUCCAGUAUAAGUACCGGGAAUGAAAGCUGACCAGCACUGACUUGCCUUCCUUUGCCAGCCACCAUCAGAUGAAUGGGCCACUAAGCUGCUUCCUUUUGGAAUAUCCUACAUGUUCAAAUAUAUUAUCAUAGUUAAGAGUUAAGAACUGUUAAGUGGUUAAGAAAGGUCUUAACUUCGAGUGCUGUGCAGACUCUGUGUUGUGAUAUGCCACGCCAAUGUAGUAGUAUCUGUGCUUCUCAUCCUGAUUGCCUCCCAGUACCUCCCAGAAUAUCUCCCAGUAUUUAAAAGUCAAACUGUCUUGCUGCAUUUGUAAUUUGUGGACCAAAUAUUCGCAACCUUUGCAAGUCUAACUGGUAUACUAAACUCACCAACCAGACAUUCAGGACAAAAAUCUGCUGUUCUUGGAAAUCUUUUGUGGAAGUCGUGCUAGAACCCUUGGAAAAGCAGGUCCCUUGGUCCAAGUCCCUGCUUCCUGCAAGUCCCUUCGUACCAAGGCCAAAGUGUUACCUUUUGCUAAGAAGCUGGAGUGGUAACACCAUAUGGCUUCCUGGGGCUGGUGUGCACAAAAUAUAGGACAGUGCUGAGCGGAGAGCUCUGAAUCUCAGUCACUAUGAUCUAGCAUCAUUUAUAUAUCAUUGUAUAGCUAGGGGUGGAUCUGGCCCGCUCUGCCUACAAUGGGGGCCAACUGAUUGCAAAUAAAAUGCAUUUAUAGCUGAAGAAUUGCCAACAUGGGAAACAGGUGGGCUCUUGUCCCACUUUCUACUUGGCUUCAUUUGCUCCAC